ACCCGGAGGCGGAAGUCGCUCAGAGAACCCGGAAGCGGACCGGCUGCUGCUGCUGUCUGAGUUGCAGCAUUUCUUGGUUGUCGGUGUCUCUGGUUGCCAAGGGAACCGGGGAUUUAAGGGUGCAAUAUGGCAGCCAAUGAGAAAAUGGAGGUGACCGUGAAAACUCUGGAUUCACAGAGCCGAACAUUCACAGUGGAAGAAGAGAUCACUGUAAAAGAGUUUAAAGAUCACAUAUCCUCUGCGGUUGGAAUUCCUGCAGAGAAACAGCGGCUCAUAUAUCAGGGUCGAGUAUUACAGGAAGACAAGAAACUGAAAGAAUACAAUGUAGCUGGGAAAGUGAUUCAUCUUGUAGAACGAGCCCCUCCUCAAACCCAGCCUGCUGCAGGGGGGCCAACUCCCUCUUCCAGUACCUCCACUGGCAGUACCACAGCAAGUGGCCCAGGAGCCACCGGUACCGAGAGAAAUGGGAACAGCUAUGUGAUGGUGGGGACCUUUAACUUACCGCAUGUAAUGUCAGGCCUUGGUGAGGCUACUAGAGGUGCUCGCGUGUCUUCAGUUGCUGGAAAUGAUGGCUCCUCUCUCGAUGUCCACAUAAACCUGGAUCAACAGCUCCUGGGCCAGAGCGAGUCCCGUAUCCGUCUUUUUCUGGCUCAACAUAUGUUGCAAGAUAUACAGAGGCUGUUGGAUCGUCUGGAGGGGAACGCUAGUACAGAGCAGCCCGCUGAGCCCAUGGAUACAGCUGCUCCUGUAGGGGAGUCCCCUGCUCCAAGCGCUCCUAGUGCAGAGGCACAAACUGGUCAACCUGGUGCAACACCUGCCAGUCACCCUUCCCCCUUGGAAUAUUCAGAGGUCCUUCAGUCUCUUUCUCGAGUAGAAGAACGUCUGGCCCCUUUCAUGCAGCGUUAUAGGGAAAUAAUCAGCAAUGCUACCUCUUCCACCUAUGAAAACGAGGACCGUGAACAAUCUCAGCGUGUUAUUAACCUUGUUGGGGAGUCCCUGCGUCUUCUAGGAAAUGCUCUGGUUGCUUUAUCUGACCUGCGCUGUAAUUUGUCAUCUGUCUCCCCCCGUCAUUUACAUGUGGUACGACCUAUGUCUCAUUAUACAGGGCCCAUGUUACUGCAGCAGGCAGCCAUACCCAUACAGAUUAACGUUGGAACAACCGUCACAAUGACUGGGAAUGGUGCACACGCGGGUCAGACCUCUGCAGAAGGAACCUCCGUUCCUACUGCCCCACCGAGUGCCUCUGACCCAGCAAGAGCGUCAACUGAGAGUCAGCCACCUCCCACUGGGGAGCCAGCCCCUCCCCAAGCUCCUCCUGCCUCUGCCCCCCCACCACAACCCCGCGUGAUCCGUAUUACACACCAGACCGUGGAGCCCGUAAUGAUGAUGCACAUGAACAUCCAAGAUUCAGGAUCUGGUGGCCCUUCAAACAUUCCUCCUCCCACUGCAGGGCACGGUGGUGGUACACACAUCCACAUGCCAGGGCUGCCCCCUGAGUUCAUGCAGGCAAUUUCACACCAGAUUACCCAGCAAGCUAUGGCUGCAGCUUCAGGACAACAGAUUCCUGGCUUCCAGGCACAGCCCCCUCGCUUUGUAUUCACAAGGCCUGUAGCCCCCCUUCAUCCUCCACGUCCUGGUGUAACUGUUCCUCCUACAGGGGCUGCUGGACCCACUCCAGGAGCAAUGCCUGGCCCAGCAGGUAAUGCCUCCUUGGCCCAGAUGAUCAGUGGCUUAGUUGGCCAACUUCUCAUGCAUCCAGUCGUUGUUGCUCAGGGCAGCAGCACAACUUCCACCUCGGCACCAACAACUACUACUACUUCGUCUUCUUCUUCAUCAUCAUCUUCUUCCACUUCAUCAUCUUCUACUUUCUCAUCAACCUUCACUGCUCCCACUACCACCACAACUACCUCUUCAUUUCCCAGCACUCCCUCUGCUUCAACCGGUCCCUCUCCACAUCCUCCCCCUGGACCCGACCAGCAGUUUUCUCAGCUGUUUGGUUCCUUGCUGGGCACUGCUAGCUCUGGAAUGGCAAACAUCGCAAUGGGUUCUCCAAGUAUUACUGUGGCCGUUCCAGGAAUGCCAGCCUUUCUGCAGGGUGUUACAGACAUACUACAGGCUGCACAAACUAUCCCUGUGGCCACAUCAGCACCUCAGUCCUUCACUCAGCCACCUCCUUCUACUUCCUCGCCUGCUCCCACUGCACCACCACCACCACAAGCCGCUGGCGCCACUGCUGACGCCCUUACUCCAGAGUUCUUUACCAGUGUGGUCCAAGGUGUCCUCUCUACCAUGCUUGGAUCCCUGAGCGCAGCUGAUCAAACCGGAACAGAAAGUAUUGCAGCAUUUAUCCAGCGCCUCAGUGGUCCUCAUAAUAUCUUCCAGCCAGAUGCAGAGGGGCCAGUGGGAUUCUUUGGAGAUCUCCUGUCACUGAUCUGUCACCACUUCUCACUGGUAGAUAUGGUGAUGUUAUUACAUGGUCAGUCUGAGCCCUUACAGAGUCUUCAACCUCAGCUCCGCUCCUUCUUUCUCCAGCAAUACCUGCAUCAGGCCGACCCCACUCCACACAAUAUACAGAUGGCAUCACGAAAUCUUAUUAAUGGCUUGGAAGCAUACAUACGGGAGAGCUUUGCCCCUGUUUCUGUCCGGGAUGAUGUAGACAUCACUAGAACAAACCUUGAAUUUUUGCAAGAGCAAUUUAUCCGAAUCACCACACACAUCCUUCAUUGUGCAGACUCCACUUUUGGACAGCGUCUGUUGGAGAUGUGUAACCAGUCACUUUUUGAAUGGCUUGCUCUUAAUUUAUAUUGUCUGCGUGGAGACCAGAGUGCUCUAACAUCUGUCAUCAAUGAAAGAAUUAGAAGACUUCCUCUGGACCUUUCUCCUGCACUGGUGUCAUGGAUGACAUCUGUUCUAUCUCUCCGACUCCAAGAACUGCUGGGACAAAUGCCAGUAACUGAAGCGGAAGUGCAAAGACAUGUCCGAAGAGUGGGGGAUCCUCCUCAGGUUUCCGGGUCCUCUUCCCAAGAGCAGCCCAUGGAGACCACACCAGCCGAUUCACAGACUGGUGCUCCCUCUCCAGUGCCUGCCACCACUGUAGAGGAGGUCCUGUUUCUACCUCCUCAAAGUUCAGCACCUAUUCUAUGCCCUGAUUCUGAGCGCAUUGCCCAGGAAGAGGCUGGAACUGAGCCAUGGGCAGCAGCUGUACCCCCAGAAUGGGUUCCAGUCAUCAGACAGGACUUACAGACUCAGAGGAAGCUGAAGCAGCAGCCGCCAUUAAGCGAUGCCUACCUUAGUGGGAUGCCUGCAAAACGUCGCAAAACAAUGCAAGGUGAGGGUCCCCAUCUCUCCCUCUCUGAGGCAGUGACUCGAGCAAUGAGAUCUACAGGAGCCAAGCCAGAAAGCAGCAAUGAGAGUCUGCGGAGAGAGCUGGAUAACAGCGAGGUGCAGGGAAGGUACAGAGAGCAGCUCUGCCAGGAUAUCCAGAAAAUAAUCCAAGAUAAUGAGUCCUACAACCCCCAGCGAUUCCCCAACACACAGAAGGCAUUUAAGGAAGACCCCUAAACGACGUGUACCCUUAAAUCUGUCCAUCAUAAUGUCCAGCGUACUCUAUAUAUGUUCCCAGUCUGAUUCCCCUUGCCACGUGUAACCCUAUUCUAUUGAAUGGACAUUGCUUUCCUGGUGUAAUCUAAGGCGUAUCUUUCGUCCCAUUAAACUUGUACAUUUCCCCUACAUUACCUUUGUCAUUAUGAACCCUACUAUGCUCUGAAAGUUUUGAGUUGUUUGACAUCUCUGGACCUCCAAUGGGACAAUAGUAUAUUUAAAAAGAAAAUGCUCCUCCAAAUUGACACCCCAAAACCGUGCUGUGUGUUUCAUUCCUUGCCUCGAGCCUACACCAAAACGUGUCCAUUUUACCAUGAGCAAGUUAAAUUUUUCACAUGGACUUUUUGCCUUUCUACCCUUGACUCCUAUUUCUUCGUUCAUGGAUAGACUGAAGAUAACUGGGUGGAUCCUUUUGUGCAAAGCAACGCACAGUUCCUUUGUUUGUUAAAUUUCGGAGUCCCUAAUAAAGGUCUUUAAAGAAACCUUAA